AUGGCGGCCAGCGGGGGCUGCCGUCGCGGGCGGGAGCAGCUGGAGCUGGAGCGCCUGGGGGAGGCGGCGCGGGCCGGCUCCUGCCCGCCGCCGUCGCCGCCGCUUUCCGCCUGCUCUCGGCAGGCUUGGAGCCGGGACAACCCGGGCUUCGAGCCCGAGGAGGAGGGAGCCGCGGCGGCGGCGGCGGGGCCGGUGCUGGAGAUGAUGGACGUGGAGUGGGGCAGCCCCGCGGCCGGCUCUUCGUCGUCUCUGGGCAGCGGCGCGGCGGGGCCGGGAGGCGGCGGGCGGCGGGCAGGGCGGCGGCCGGCGGCGGCGGGGCGCGGGGGGACGGAGGUGCCGAGCCGCCACCAGCUGCCGCCCGACGGCGCCGCGCCCCGCGGAGGGGCCUGGGCCAAGCGCCUGGCGCGGCGGCUGCGAGGUCUGUGGGGGACCAGGCUGAUGGAAGAGAGCAACACCAGCAGAGAGAGGUACCUGAGGAGCGCUCUGCGGGAGCUUCUCACGUUCUUGGCUUUCCUCCUGGUCCUCUGUGUCUUGACUUAUGGGACAGUGAGUUCCAGUAUGUAUUAUUACACCAGGGUCAUGUCACAGCUCUUCCUGGAGACACCUGUAUCAAAAAUAGAGAAAACUGAUUUCAAAACUCUGUCCUCAAUGGAUGACUUCUGGAAGUUCACAGAGGGCCCUUUGCUGGACGGCCUGUACUGGGAGCUGUGGUACAACAACCAAAGCAUGGCCCAGAACAAAAGCUUCAUCUACUAUGAGAACCUGCUCCUGGGGGUGCCUCGCCUGAGGCAGCUGAAAGUCAGGAAUGGCUCCUGCUCCAUCCCUGAGGACCUGAAGGAGGAAAUCAAGGACUGCUAUGAUGUCUACUCAGUGGCCAAUGAGGACACUGCUCCCUUUGGGCUGCGGAACGGCACGGCCUGGACCUACACCACUGAGAAGGAUCUGAAUGGCAGCAGCCACUGGGGCUCCAUUGCCACCUACAGUGGGGCUGGGUAUUACCAAGACCUCUCAAGGAGCAGAGAAGUGGCAGCUAUGCAGAUUGCAAGCCUGAAGAAGAACCUGUGGCUGGACAGAGGGACCAGAGCAGCCUUCAUUGAUUUCUCUGUGUACAAUGCAAACAUCAACCUGUUCUGUGUGGUCAGGCUGUUAGUGGAGUUUCCAGCAACUGGAGGCCUUGUAACCUCUUGGCACUUUCAGCCAGUGAGGCUGAUUCACUACAUCUCCACUUUGGAUUUCUUCCUGGCAGCCUGUGAGAUGGCAUUUUGUCUUUUUGUUUUUUAUUAUGUGGUGGAAGAGGUCUUGGAAAUUCACAUUCAUAGACUGCACUACUUCAGAAGCCUCUGGAAUUGCCUUGAUAUCCUUAUCAUUGUGCUCUCUCUGGUAGCCAUAGGAAUCAGCAUCUACAGGACAUCAACUGUGGAUGUGCUCCUGAAGAAGCUGCUGGAAGAUCAGAACUCCUUCCCCAAUUUUGAACCUCUGGCCUACUGGCAAAUGCAGUUCAACAACAUUGCUGCAGUCACUGUGUUUUUUGUCUGGAUUAAGCUCUUCAAGUUCAUCAACUUCAACAGGACCCUGAGCCAGUUGUCCUCCACCAUGUCUCGCUGCGUCAAGGACCUCCUUGGCUUUGCCAUUAUGUUUUUUAUUAUCUUCUUAGCCUAUGCCCAGCUGGCCUACCUUGUUUUUGGCACUCAGCUGGAUGACUUCAGCACCUUCCAGGACUGCAUAUUCACUCAGUUCAGGAUCAUUAUGGGAGACUUCAACUUCACAGAGGUUGAGGAAGCCAAUCGAAUUUUGGGCCCCAUUUAUUUCACCACCUUUGUGUUCUUUAUGUUCUUCAUUCUGUUGAACAUGUUCUUGGCCAUCAUCAAUGACACCUACUCCGAAGUCAAAUCAGAUAUGGCUCAGCAGAAGGCAGAAAUGGAGCUGUCUGACCUCAUCAGGAAGGGCUACAACAAAGCCAUGGUCAGGCUGAAACUGAAGAAGACUGCAGUGGAUGACAUUUCAGAGAGCCUCAGGCAGGGAGGGGGAAAGCUGAAUUUCGAUGAACUGCGGCAGGAUCUGAAAGGGAAAGGCCACACAGAUGCAGAGAUUGAAGCCAUUUUUACCAAGUAUGACCAAGAUGGGGACCAGGAGCUGACAGAGCAUGAACACCAGCAGAUGAGAGAUGACCUGGAGAAGGAGAGGGAGGACCUGGACCUGGACAGGAGCUCCCUGCCACGUCCUCUGAGCAGCCGCAGCUUCCCCCGCAGCCUGGACGACUCCGAGGAGGAUGAGGAUGAAGACAGUGGCCACAGCUCCAGGAGGAGGGGCAGCAGCUCCAGUGGGGUUUCCUAUGAGGAGUUCCAAGUGCUGAUGAGGCGAGUGGACCGCAUGGAGCACUCCAUCGGCAGCAUCGUCUCCAAGAUCGACGCCGUCAUCGUCAAGCUGGAGGCCAUGGAGAGGGCCAAGCUGAAGAGGAGAGAUGUCCUGGGCAGGCUGCUGGAUGGGGUGACAGAGGACGAGAGGCUGGGCCGUGAGAGUGAGCUGCCGCGGGAGCAGAUGGAGCGGCUGGUGCGGGAGGAGCUGGAGCGCUGGGAGUCGGACGACGGAGCCUCCCAGCUGAGCCACCGCCUGGGCACGCCCCUGGGCCUCGCCCAGCCCCGCUCCAGGACCUCCAGGCCCUCCUCCUCCCAGUCAGAUGGCCUGGAAGGGGCGGGAGGGAGCGGCGUCCACCUGUAG